GCGCCCCAUUGAAAUAUAUCAACAAUUUUAACUGAAGAGGUUAUAAAUUAGAUCGUACCGUAACUCUUCACGUUAAGUUUUACAUAGAAGUCUCAUAAUGGAACUUGAUAAAUAUGCUGAAAAAUUUUCUGCAACGGUGACAAAUGGUUUUAUUGCUUUAGAGAUAGCAAUUGGUCAUAAACUAGGACUGUUUGAAUCACUGAAUAAAUUCACUUCGCCAGUUACAUCAACAGAGCUCGCUGAAUCGUGCAAACUAAAAGAAAGAUAUGUCAGAGAAUGGUUAGGAUGCAUGUCCGCCGCUGGUUUUGUUAGUAUAACACCUGAUGAUAAAUAUUUUAUACCGGAAGCAUGCAAACCUCAUACACAAUCUAGUGGUCUCGCCAGUGUGUUACCUCUUAUAGCUGCAAAUACCUCCUCAUUAUUGGAAUGUUUUAAAGAGGACGGACCGAAAGGAUAUGAUUAUAGUAACCAGUUUGAUACGUUGAUGUGGUUGGACCAUGACAAGAAGUCAUGUGAUAGUAAAUGGAUCAAUGAAAACUUAUUUCCGGUUGGACACAAGGACACAGAUACUAUAACCAAUGUUUUGGAUUUCGGAUGUGGACCCGGCAGUUUAACCAUAAAAUUAGCUGAACAUUUACCAAAUGCCAAAGUCUACGGCGUAGACAUAGACCGAAAUUCAAUUGAAAAGGCUAAGGAGAACAAAGCGAAGGAAAAUGUACAAAAUGUCGAAUUCGUUUUAGUCGAAAACGACCAUUUAGACGAAUCGUGGACGAAGAAAUUCGAUUGGAUAACUUUGGUUGAUGUACUGCAUGACCUUCCAAAUCCAAAUUUCAGUAUUUCAGACAUCAAACGUGUUUUGAAGGAUGACGGUAUUGUAUCUGCGGUAGAUCCAUGCGUAAACUCGGACCACAAGAAGAAUCAAGGCAAUCAAAGUUCUGCUAUGCUGUAUGUUUUUAGUACAUUUAUUUGUCUCCCUAGUAGCAUGUCACGUGAACCAGCUGCUGCAAAUGGCAUCGGAUGGGGAAUGCAGAAUAGAGCGGAAUUUAUUAAAUCGCAAGGUUUAAAGAUUUUAGGUGACGAACAUAACGGACUGAUUCAAUUUCGAAAGGCAUGAACAAAUAUU